UUCAACCAUUCCCAAAUGGCUUCUCAUAAACGCCUUUCUUCUUUUAUCUUUUUUCUUUUAUUAGGAAUUGGGGUUUCUUCUGCAGCCAGAAAUCUCUUAACUUAUGGUGAAGGAAAGCCGGUUAACAUUCCGGCAUUUGCUUAUGGUGCAGGCGGUGGUGCAGGCGCUGGUAGUGGUGGUGGGUAUGGCUCUCUUGGUGGUUAUGGCGGUGGUGGAGGAAAUGGAGGCGGUAGUGGCUAUGGUUCUGUAGGUGAAUAUGGUGUUGGUGGCUAUGGAAGUGGUGGCGGUGGAGGAAGUGGUGAGGGAGGUGGGUAUGGCCCGGGAGGUGGAAAUGGAUAUGGUGGAGGUGGAGGAAGUGGCGGUGGAGGUGGUUAUGGUUCUGGGGUUAGAUAUGGUGAAGUUGGAUAUGGCUCUGGAGGUUCAGGGUAUGGUGGAGGUAGCGGAGGCGGUGCUGGGUAUGGUCCUGGAGGUGGAGGGUAUGGAGGUGGCGGUGGAAAUGGAGGUGGGGCUGGGUAUGGUCCUGGAGGUUCUGGAUAUGGAGGAGGUGGUGGAAAUGGCGGUGGUGCAGGGUAUGGUCAUGAGGGUGGUGGUUAUGGUGGGGGUGGCGGAAAUGGCGGAGGGGCAGGGUAUGGUCAUGAGGGUGGUGGAUAUGGAGGGGGCGGUGGAAAUGGCGGUGGGGCAGGGUAUGGUCAUGAAGGUGGUGGUGGAUAUGGUGGGGGUGGCGGAAAUGGCGGUGGGGCAGGGUAUGGUCAUGAAGGUGGUGGUGGAUAUGGAGGUGGAGGUGGAAAUGGCGGUGGGGCAGGGUAUGGUCAUGAGGGUGGUGGAUACGGAGGGGGUGGUGGGAAUGGUGGUGGCGCAGGGUACGGUCAUGAAGGUGGUGGAUACGGUGGGGGUGGUGGAAAUGGUGGUGGGGCAGGGUAUGGUCAUGAAGGUGGUGGAUACGGCGGGGGUGGCGGAAAUGGCGGUGGGGCAGGGUAUGGUUCUGGCGGUGCUGGGUCUGGCGCUGGAGGAGGAGAAGGGGGAGGUUCAGGGUAUGGUGGAGAACAUGGAGCAGGCUACGGUAGUGGUGGUGGAGGUGGAAAUGGCGGCGGUGGAGGUGUAGGAUAUGGGCCAGGAGGAGAAUAUGGGUCAGGUUAUGGAAGCGGAGCAGGUGGGGGUCAUGGUGGAGGAGGAGGAGGAAGUAGUGGUGGAGGAAGCGGUGGAGGUGGUGGAGGAGGGUCGGGAUACGGCUUAAAUAAACACGAGGAAUACGAUAAAGAUAAACACGAGGGAUACGAUGGAGGAAACUAUGGGGGAUAUGACGGAGGUAAGCAUGAGAAAUAUGGCAGAGGAAACUACAGGGGAUAUGGCAGAGGUAAAUACGAGGAAUACAAUGGAGGAAACUACGGGGGAUACGACGGAGGUAAACACGAGGAAUACGACAAAGAUAAACAUGAAGGAUACGAUGGAGGGAACUAUGGAGGAUACGACGGAGGUAAACACGAGGAAUACGAAAAAGAUAAACCCGAGGGAUAUGAUGGAGGAAAAUAUGGGGGAUACAACGGAGGUAAACACGAGGAAUACGACAAAGAUAAACACGAAGGAUACGAUGGAGGAAACUAUGGAGGAUACAACGGAGGUAAACACGAGGAAUACGAUAAAGAUAAACACGAGAGAUACGAUGGAGGAAACUAUGGGGGAUACGACGGAGGUAAACACGAGGAAUACGACAAAGAUAAACACGAGGGAUACGAUGGAGGAAACUAUGGGGGAUACAACGGAGGAAACUAUGGGGCAUACAACGGAGGUAAACACGAGGAAUACGACAAAGAUAAACACGAGGGAUAUGAUCGAGGAAACUAUGGGUCAUACAGCGGAGGUAAACAUGAGGAAUACGACAAAGAUAAACACGAGGGAUACGAUAGAGGAAACUAUGGGGGAUAUGGUGAAAGUAAGCAUGAGAAAUACGACGGAGGAAAGUACGGGGGAUAUGACAGAGGAAAACACGAGGGAUAUGAUGGUGGAAACUAUGGGGGAUAUGGCAGAGGUAGACACGAAGGAUACGAUGGCGGAAACUAUGGGGGAUACGGUGGAGGUAAGCAUGAGGAAUACGGCAAAGAUAAACACGAGGGAUAUGAUGGAAGAAACUAUGGAGGAUACUAUGUAGGUAAGUAUGAGGAAUACGGCGGAGGCAAACACGAGGAAUACGACAGAGAUAAACACGAGGGAUACGGUGGAGGAAACUAUGGAGGAUACGGCGGAAGUAAACACGAGGAAUACGGCAGAGAAAAACACGAUGAAUACGGCAAAGAUAAACACGAGGGAUACGGUGGAGGAAACUAUGGAGGAUACGGCGGAGGUAAACAUGAGGAAUACUGCAGAGGAAACUAUGGAGGAUACAGUGGAGGUAAGCAUGAGGAAUACCGUGGAGGUAAGCAUGAUGAAUACGACAGAGGUAAACACGAGGGAUACGAUGGAGGAAACUACGGGAGAUAUGACGGAGGUAAGCAUGAGGAAUACGGCAGAGGUAAACACGAGAGAUACGAUGGAGGAAACUAUGGGGGAUACGGCGGAGGUAAGCACGAGGGAUAUGAUGUUGGAAACUACGGGGGAUACGGCGGAGGUAAACACGAGGGAUACGAUGGAGGAAACUAUGGGGGAUACGGCGGAGGUAAGCACGAGGAAUAUGACAGAGGUAAACACGAGGAAUACGAUAGAGGAAACUAUGGGGGAUACGGCGAAGGAAACUAUGGGGGAUACGGUGGAGGUAAGCACGAGGAAUAUGACAGAGGUAAACACGAGGAAUACGAUAGAGGAAACUAUGGGGGAUACGACGGAGGUAAGCAUGAGGAAUACGAUAGAGGUAAACACGAGGAAUACGAUAGAGGAAACUAUGGGGGAUACGGCAGAGAUAAGCAUGAGGAAUACGGCAGAGGAAACUAUGGAGGAUACGGCGGAGCUAAGCAUGAGGAAUACGACGGAGGUAAACAUGUGGAAUACGGCAGAGGAAACUAUGGAGGAUACGGUAGAGGAAAACACGAGGGAUAUUAUGGUGGAAACUAUGGGAGAUACGACGGAGGUAAGCACGAGGAAUACGGCAAAGAUAAACACGAGGGAUACGACGGAAGAAACUAUGGAGGAUACGGUGGAGGAAACUAUGGGGGAUAUGGCGGAUAUAAACAUGAGGAAUACGGUGGAAGUAAACACGAGGAAUACGACAAAUAUAAACACGAAGGAUACGAUGGAAGAAACUAUGGGGGAUACGGUGGAGAUAAGCAUGAGGAAUAUGAUAAAUAUAAACACGACGGAUACGAUGGAAGAAACUAUGGGGGAUAUGGCGGAGGUAAGCAUGAGGAGUACGGCGAACACGGCGAUGGCCACAGUGGGUAUGCACCAUGAGAAACACGUUUUCAGCACUACCAUAUGAACAUAUAGUAAAUAAUAUCAUGAAGGAAUAAAAAGGAGCAUCCAUGUUCAAAAUAAAAUAAAUAACAAAGAUGGGGAAUGGUUACCAUAUUGGGAUGUUCAAAUGUGAGCUCUUGUUGUACUUUCUCUUGGAAUAAAUAAAUAAGAGCUUUUUUUAAUCUUA